CCCCAGCACAGUAUUUAAAAAGUGUUUCCCUCAUGCCCAGCACUUCACAAGGAAGCAGCUCAUGGCAUAAUUCUGGUUGCCCCAGUCAGGGCAAUGAAGACCUUUAGAACCAGAGUUGCUAAAGCAGCAAAACUGCAGCAGCAUCAAACCCACAAGCAAACUGCUGUUUAGGGAGGUGAUCUAUAAAAUUCGGAAGAGUUUCCCUCUGCUUCUCUUCUGCCUCUGGAGGCUGAUCACAGCAGGCAGGAGCCCCGAGGUGUGGACAGGAGUGGGAGCAGAUGGAUCCCAGCAGCAGCAGCUGCAUGCGCAGCCCGCAGCCCCCCACCCUGCUCUGGGGCUGUGUGAGGAGCUCCCACUCCGACCUGAGCGCAGCUCCAGGGCUCAGCCACUAUCCAGCAGCACCGUUCUCCUUCCAGCAAAAAGCAGAUUUUGCUGCUUACUCCGAUUUCUCAGCCUCCUGCCUGGUGACAGCUCCGCACAGCUUCCCCCAGGAGCAGCACCCCUCAUUCCAGCAGCCCGAGUGGCACCUGGCAGCACCCGAGGCCACAGCAGGAGGAAAGGCAGGACUGGCCUUGGCUUCUGGAGAGGCAGAGGGCAGCAGCCCCAGCCUAGUGAGUCUGCCUGUGGCUGUGGAGGAAGAUGAUGAGGCAGCAGCAAAUCCUACAAGCGACUCUGAGAAAAAGCCAUCCAGAAGGAAAAAGGAAAGCUCAGAGAGCCAGAACUCAAGCAAUAAGGCAGAAACCAGCAGCAAAUCACGCAAGGAAAGGACAGCUUUCACCAAGGAGCAGCUGCGGGAGCUGGAAGCUGAAUUUGCCCACCACAACUACUUGACAAGGCUCAGGAGAUACGAGAUCGCUGUGAACCUGGAUCUCACCGAAAGACAAGUCAAAGUAUGGUUUCAAAACAGAAGGAUGAAGUGGAAACGUGUUAAAGGUGGGCAAGCAGUGCCCCUACACGAACAUGACACAGAGGAUGUGGACUCUGCUGCCUCCCCCAGCUCUGAGUAGUCCCUGCAACAGUGGGAGAGGAGUUUGGAGAAAGUCAUUGAUUGGAAUGUGGGUGCAACUGCUUAGAAUCAGCUACACAAUGAGAUCACCCUGCCUGACAAUCCUGUAGCCCAUAGUCUCUAAAAGGUUCAUGAUGCUUGAGGUUACAGCGGCAAUUAAAGAGCAUGGGGGGAAAAAAGCCAAAGGAGAGCAUGGUUUUGAUUUUUGUCUCUCAAGCUGUCUUACUACCACAGAUGUGUCUACAGAAAAAAAAAAAAAAAAACCAAAAAAAACAACAACAAACAUUGAAUGUAAAACAGGAAUAAUGUUGUCGAGACUCUCAAACAUCCAGAGAAUCCAGAUUGUUAGUCAGCAUAUGCAGCUCUGUUCUCAUCCAGGCUUCCCCUGGUCACACCUAUUCAGUCUGCAUUUGGACUUGACAAUGCACAUUUUCCCUGUGCCCUACUUAGAGAGAAAUAAAUACUUUGAUAGUCACUGAUUUUUCUUGCCAAAUGAGUUAGACACCUGUAUGAAUAGACAAUAAGAUUACGAAAUAAAAUGUGAGACU